GAGCCGGCGGCUCCACCGAACAGCCGCGCCUGCCGCCGCUGCCGGGCCUUCCGCACCCCUUUCCCGUCCCGCCCCCCCAGCCCCAGGUGCCCGGGUCUCCUCCCUCCUUUUCCCCCGCUCCCUCCCACCCCCUCCGCGCUCUCUCUCCCCGCAGCCAGAGCCCGGCCCGCCAGCCGGGCCGGCAGGAGGGCGGCGGCGGCACAACCAUGAGCUUUGAGGGCGGCCACGGCGGCAGUCGGUGUCGCGGGGCGGAGAGCCGGGACGCAGAGCCGCCCCCGCAACCUCCCCAGCCGCCGCCGCCGCCGCCGCCGCCGCCAGGAGAGCCGGCCCCGGUCCCCGCGGCCCCGCGCUACCUGCCGCCGCUGCCUGUGCCCCCCGCGCCCCCCGCGCCCCCCGAGCGCGCCGCGGGGCCGAGCGAGCCGCCAGGGGAGGUGGCCCAGCGGCGCAGGGGUGCGGACGAGCUGCCGCCCCCGCCCCUGCCCCUGCAGCCCGCCGGCCAGGAAGUGGCGGCGGCCGGCGACUCCGGGGAAGGUCCGAGGCGCCUCCCGGAGGUGGCGGCAGCGAAAGGCGGCCCCGGGGAGUCUGAGGCCAGCGCGGGCGGCGAGGGCGAGCGGCGGGGCGCCGGAGACCAGCCCGAGACGCGCUCGGUGUGCAGCAGCCGCAGCAGCAGCAGUGGCGGCGGCGACCAGCGCUCUGGGCACCAGCACCAGCACCACCUGCCCAUCUGCAAGAUCUGCUUCCAGGGCGCGGAGCAGGGUGAGCUGUUGAAUCCCUGCCGAUGUGAUGGGUCAGUUCGGUAUACACAUCAGCUGUGCCUGCUAAAGUGGAUCAGUGAGAGAGGUUCCUGGACCUGUGAACUCUGCUGCUAUAGAUACCAUGUUAUAGCCAUUAAAAUGAAACAACCUUGCCAGUGGCAGAGCAUUUCUAUAACACUGGUUGAGAAAGUUCAGAUGAUUGCUGUAAUCCUAGGAUCCCUGUUCUUAAUAGCCAGUGUGACUUGGCUCCUCUGGUCAGCCUUCAGCCCCUAUGCAGUGUGGCAGAGGAAGGACAUCCUUUUUCAGAUCUGCUAUGGAAUGUAUGGUUUUAUGGAUCUAGUGUGCAUAGGUCUCAUCGUUCAUGAAGGAGCUGCAGUUUACAGAGUGUUUAAGCGCUGGCGAGCCGUGAAUUUGCACUGGGAUGUGUUAAAUUAUGACAAAGCCACAGACAUCGAAGAAAGCAGCCGGGGAGAGUCUUCCACAAGCAGGACUUUGUGGUUGCCAUUGACAGCUCUGCGGAACAGAAACUUGGUCCACCCAACUCAGUUAACCUCCCCGAGGUUUCAGUGUGGCUACGUGUUAUUGCACCUGUUCAAUCGGAUGAGGCCUCAUGAAGACUUAUCAGAAGAUAACAGCUCGGGGGAGGUCGUGAUGAGAGUGACUUCAGUGUGACAAAAGCAUAAGGUGAUGCAGUGUGGACCGCCCUGCACAUUUUGGAAUGUAAUUGCAAUGAAUGGCAAAACCAUAGCACUUCUAAAAACACAUCUAUGAACUUUUUAAGAUUUAUGCUUUUUAUAUGAACAUUUGAAUUGCAAAUACAUUUUUUCUGAGAAAAAGA